AUGAAGUUUAUAGAAAAUGCAGAUUUAGACUUGGUCGCAAACACUAUAAGUGAAAAUGCGAUAGAUUGUAAAUUUGAUGUAAGAAUUGAGUCAUAUUCUUGCAAAAUGGUAAACGUUGAUAAAAAAGAAUGGAAAAAGAUGAAAGAUUUCAAUAAUGAAUUACAACCUUUAUCUCCUCCAGAACUUGCAUCUAGUGAGGGAAGAUUUGGUACUAGUCCUAAUCAUGGUCGUUUCCGACAUCUAUCUCAGAGUUCAAUAUCUGGAGGUGACUCUGAUUUUGAUGAACCUCAUUUAGUUAAUGCUAUAUCUAGAAAAGUUUUAUUUGACUUAAUAACAGUUUUGAAUCACAGUUAUGGAGAUUAUGAUUUUUCAGAAUUACCUAGUGAAUCAUUCACUUAUUUUUCUGAUUUUAAUCAAGUUGUCAAAGAUGUAGAUUCAAAAUUUGCCUCAUCUUUAAGUAAUAAUGCAUUUUUAAAAGAUUUAUAUUGGUCUGCAAUAGAUAAAGAAAUUCAAAUUAAAGGAUGUUCUAUAUUUAGUUUGAUACCUUCAUAUGAAAAAGAUCCAUUUACAGAAAAUGGAUGCAUAUGGUCAUUUAAUUAUUUUUUCAGAAACAAAACUAUGAAAAGAAUUUUAUUUUUUUCUUGUCGUGCUAUGAGAGGUGAUUCAGGAUUUGAAAGUUCUUCUCCUGAUGAAUUUAUGAAUGAUCAAGAUUAA